AUGAAUAGUCCUCGAGUACAGUCUGCCACUGCUCAAGAAUUGUCAAGGCUACAAUCACAUGUCGCCGCGCACUUAGCAGCAUUAGAAGCGCUAAGCAUGCCUAUUAAACAUUGGGACGCAUGGUUGGUAACUAUUCUAGUGGAAAGAAUGGACGGAGCAUCCAGUCAUGAAUGGCAACUCCGACAAAGGAAUACAGAGUUACCCAAAUAUAAUGAAGUGAUGGAAUUUUUGGCAAGCCGCAGCAUCGCCUUUGAAAGCUCGGAAGCCCUAGCGAUUAGGGUAAACGAAACCAACCACUCAUCGAAAAGGGCAAGUCAAGGAACCAUUAGCAAAAGAAUAGCACUGGCGGCGUCAUCAGAAUCGAAGCGUGAUAAGUGUAGCCUGUGUGAAGGAUCACACAGGCUAUAUGCCUGCUUGAAAUUUAAGGAACUAUCCGUGUCAGAUCGAUUUAAUCAUGUGCGUGGGAGGCGUUUAUGUUUCAAUUGUCUGGCGCCACAUCACAUGUCUGAUACAUGUCGGUCUAAGUAUUCUUGUAUAAAAUGUAGACGAGCUCAUAAUACUCUGCUACACUUUGAAGGGCAUGUUCAAGACGUUACGUCUGCAGUUACUGACCCAAAAGAUAACGAAGCCGCAUUUAACGUCGAAAAGGGUUCUGAUGGAGAUCAAGUGUCAUUAUUAGUAAAUUACAAGAACAGUCACGUGUUUCUGUCAACCGCGGUUGUACUAGCAGCUGAUAAAUUUGGUAAUGACCGUCAAUGUCGGACUAUAUUGGAUAGUGGGUCUCAGGUAAAUUUCAUAUCCAAGAGUCUGUACAACAAGUUGCAACUGCCGACAAGGUGUUCAAUUCUGCCAAUAAACGGUAUUGGAUCAAGUCACGUGCAGUCAAGUUCCUGUGUGGAAGUGCAACUCAAGUCAAGAGUGACAAAUUUCAGCUUAAAUCUAUCUUGUUAUAUAUUGCCGGUAAUCGUGGACACACUACCCGCAGUAGCCUCCCCAGCGCAUGGUUGGAAUAUACCAGAAGAACUAGUAAAGGGCUUGGCGGAUCCGAUGUUUUUCGAGGCAGGGUCAGUAGACUUGCUUAUUGGGGGAGGCUCGUUCUUCGAUCUUUUGGACCCGGAACGAGUUCAUUUGGGAGUGGAUUCACUGUGCCUGCAAGGUAGCAAAUUCGGCUGGAUAGUGACAGGUGAAAUUGGUGUAAUUUCUCUCCCGGGCGUUGCAUCGAUGGGACAGUUGUUAGAAGAAGAUUGGAGAGCGUUGAAGGACAAAGAAGAUAAUCUAUACGGACGGCAUUCAAAAACCAAUCUCAAGUUGUCGGAAGAGAAGCAGACCGUUGAACAUUUCAAGGAGAACACAAAGAGGGAAACGGACGGCCGGUUUAUCGUAAGAUUGCCAUUGAAGCCCUUAGUCGAAGAGCUCGGUGAUACGCUGAAAAUCGCAACCACCCGUUUUUUAAGUGUAGAAAGGAGGCUAAUGCGAGAUGAGAAGCUUAAAGGGGAAUACACUAGAUUUAUGGAGGAAUACCUUGCUCUUGGGCACAUGGAAGAGGUAAUUGAUGAAGAUCAAAUACCUAAGCGAUCAUUUUACCUACCUCACCAUGCAGUGAUUAAGGAGUCGAGCCUAACCACUAAGGUCCGCGUUGUAUUCGAUGCUUCUGCAAGGAGUUCGACUGGUGUUACGCUCAAUGAUGUUUUGAUGUGUGGACCAAAUGUACAGGAGGAUGUCUUCUCCAUAUUAGCAAGAUUCAGGAAGCAUCAAUACGUGCUAACAUCAGACAUCGAAAAAAUGUUUAGACAGGUAGCAGUUGCUAAAACAGAUUGGGAUCUCCAGCGAAUAGUGUGGAGGGCAAACCCCAGUGGCCCGCUGCGCACGUUCCGACUCACCACCGUAACUUAUGGGACAACAUCGGCAUCAUUUCUCGCAACUCAGUGCCUAGUAACCUUAGCGGAAAAUGUGAAAGAAUCCUACCCUGAUACAGCUCAAAUAAUUGGAAGAGACUUUUACAUGGAUGACCUCAUGACAGGAGCUGACACCGAAGAGGAAUGUUUGAAGUCGCAACAAGAGAUAAGUGAUAUUUUGAACUCCGCCAAACUCAAAUUGCGAAAAUGGUGUUCAAAUUCUGUGAGGGUAUUAGAUAAGAUAGACAAGGUUGAGGACGACCCGCUCUUUACCCUAGAGAUUAAAGAUGGAAGUACUGUGAAGUCUCUGGGUUUAGGUUGGAAACCAUUAGUAGAUCAGUUUCACUUCAACAUCUCCAUAGAUCCGUCGUUGAACAAAUGCACAAAGAGGUCACUAUUAUCUGAUUUGAAUCGUGUCUUUGACCCACUUGGAUUCUUAUGCCCUGUCUUAUUAAGAGGAAAAAUGUUUUUGCAGCAAAUAUGGUCGAUGAAAAUAGAUUGGGACACGGAACUUUCUUCUGACAUUCUAGGAAGGUGGAAAUCAUUCAUUAGUGACUUACAGGAUCUUAAAUGUUUAUCUAUCCCAAGGAAGGUGAAACCGUUGUCAAAGCAUCCUCCCGAAAUACAUGGGUUCUGCGACGCCUCCCAGGAGGCAUAUGGAGCUUGCAUCUAUAUCAGGACGAGAGAUAAUCAAGGAAAGUGGAGUUCACAGCUUCUUUGUGCAAAGACAAGAGUGUCACCGCUGAAGGAAUGGACCAUACCUCGACUAGAGUUAAGUGGCGCCUUGCUGCUAGUGGAAUUAGCAAACAAGGUCGCUGAGUCAUGGUCUGUUGAACUACAUACAUUCCAACUGUGGACAGACUCAUCAAUAGUAUUAGGGUGGCUAAAUAGUCAAAAUACACGGUUAAAAACGUUUGUAGCUAACCGAAUCAAUCAAAUACUAGAUUGUACCAACGUUAAACAAUGGCACCACAUUAGGAGCGAGGAUAAUCCAGCUGAUGUGGCAUCAAGGGGAUUAAAGCCGACAGAAAUAUUACAUUGCACUAAGUGGUGGAAUGGACCUAGUUGGCUCACAACAGAGGAACACAAUUGGAAAAAUGAAGCUGAAUCAAUAGUCAAAGAAGAAGACCUGCCUGAGAUAAGACCAAUUCGUCUUGCGCUAAUAACGACCAGCAUAACCAGUGAUUUGCUGCCCUUAUAUUCAGAUUGGAUCAAGCUUGUUCGUGCAAUCGCUUGGUUAGGAAAAUUCAUAGAGUUCAGGCGAGCCAAGAAAACAGGAAGCACGUUACCACGGUACCUUACAGUAACAAAUCUCCGCUUAGCAGAACUUAGAUUAAUAAAGGGAGCGCAAGCCGACGAGUUUGGAAUAGACCUUACGAAUCUCCUAGCAGGAAGGUCAGUUCGGAAAGGAAGCGUUCUCAGAACCUUGUGCCCGUUUAUUAGUGAAGAUGGAAUAAUUUUGGUUGGAGGGCGACUUGAAAAUUCUGAUAUUGCUGAGACUCAAAAGCAUCCAAUAGUAUUACCCUCAAAGCAUAAGUAA